CGGGUUGUAUGCUUCAGGUGGCGCAUCUUACCUACCUCUGAGACCCGCUGCAUUUCGCUGUCCUCAGCGAAGCCACGUAAACUGCAGCCAUGCUAGACAUCAACCUUUUUAGGACGGAGAAGGGCGGCGAUCCGGAGGUGGUUCGCGAGUCGCAGCGUAGGCGCUUUGCCGAUGUAUCGCUGGUUGAUCAGGUUAUUGAACAUGACUCGGAAUGGCGGCAAGUUCGCUUUCAACUGGACCAAUUGAACAAGGAGUUCAAUGCGCUCAACAAAGAGAUCGCCACUGUGCGGAAGGCGGGUGGCAAUUCAGAUGAGCUACAGGAGAAGAGCAAGGAGCUUAAGAAGAAGAUCCAGAUGACGGAGGAGAAGGAGAAGGAGGUCAUCAUCACCCGCGACACCAAGCUGGUCUCCAUUGGCAAUAUCGUACAUGACAGCGUGCCCGUCAGCCAGGAUGAGACCAACAACGCCAUCGUCAAGACCUUUGGCGAGCCCCGCCCAUCAGUCGAUCCAGACACUGGCAAGAAGCUGUACAACCACGUGGACCUGGUGCAGCUGCUGGGGAUCGUGAACUUGGAGGCGGGGCAGGAGGUUGCUGGCGGCCGCGGCUACUACCUGACGAACGAGGGUGUGCUGCUGAACCAGGCGCUCAUUAAUGCCGCGCUUCACUUUGCGUACAAGCGUGGCUUCUCGCCCGUGCACACGCCCUUCUUCAUGCGCCAGGAGAUCAUGGCGGAGUGCGCGCAGCUGAGCCAGUUCGACGAUGAGCUGUACAAGGUCACCGGCGAGGGCGACGACAAGUACCUGAUCGCCACUUCGGAGCAGACGUUGUGUGCGAUGCACCGCAAGGGCUGGUUUGAGAAGUCGGAGCUGCCCAUCAAGUACGUGGGCUACUCGACGUGCUUCCGCAAGGAGGUCGGCAGCCACGGCAGGGACACGCUGGGCAUCUUCCGGAUUCACCAGUUCGAAAAGGUGGAGCAGUUUGUGAUUGCAUCUCCGGAGGGCAUUGCCAGCUGGGAGGCGAUGGAGGAGAUGCUAGCAAACGCGGAGGACUUCUACCAGUCUCUGGGCCUGCCGUACCGGGUGGUGAACAUCGUGUCCGGGGAGCUGAACAACGCCGCCUCUAAGAAGUACGACCUGGAGGCUUGGUUCCCCGCCUCCUCCACCUUCCGCGAGCUGGUGUCCUGCUCCAAUUGCCUGGACUACCAAUCUCGCCGUCUGGACAUCAGGCUCCGCACGCCCAAGGGCGCAGCUGGCGAGGCUUCCAAGUCCUUUGUCCACAUGCUCAACAGCACCCUGUCCGCCACGGAACGGACCCUCUGCUGCGUGCUGGAGAACUACCAGACGGCCGAGGGCGUGCGAGUGCCCAAAUUCCUGCAGCCCUACAUGAUGGGCAUCGAGCUUAUCCCCUUCCGGAAGCAGUACGACGCCAAGGGCAAGCUGGUGGAUCUGCCCAAGCCGGCUCCGGCAGCGGCGGCAGCAGCGGCUCCCGCCGCCGAGGCUAGCUCCUGA